AUGUUUCUUAAAUGUUUGUUCUACGCUUUCAAGCUUUUUGGUAUAGCUCCUAUGGCUAUCAAAGCUUUAACCUCGAAGAAAAACAAAGCUUGUCAUUUUUUAUUCGUGUCUUCAAGGCUAGGAAUAUUACAUAACUGUAUUCUUCUAUGCAUAUCGAUAUCUACGAUAUACUUUAUAAUCGAUGAUACUUUGUCCAGGAGCCUCUUUACGGAUAAAUCAAAUUUAGAAUUAGUACUCGAUACUGCGUGUGGAAUUUGCGUUGCCCUUACUUCCGUCGUAAUUUUGCUCAAAAUGUCUAUUAACAGGGAGAAAGCGAUAAUCAUAAUCAAUAAACUCAAUAUUAUCUAUCAACGGAAGGUCGAAUCUGACAAAAAGAACCCGUCCAUUCUGCUUGUUGGAUCAGUAAAGAUAAUUAUUUUUUCUAUUUUUAUUCCGACGAUCUUUGCCGCUAUCGCUCUCGGGCUGGAACAAUCUUCAAUUUUGAUAAGUUGCCUUCCUUUUACAACAUACCAGAUGACCAUAAUACAGUACACUCUAAUUUUAAAGCUUCUUCAUUACUUGUAUCAAUCUACUAAUACCGAAUUACAAUCGGUCCUGACAUCCAAAGUUCCCAUAUCCAUAGUUCAGAAUCGACUUUUAGGUAUGGACACUCAAAGGGUUUCAACUAAGAUCGAACUACUGCGUGAGAUUCACGUAGUUCUGAGCCACCUUUCAAAUGAAGUAUCCGGUUUUUACGCGCUGCCAAUGUUUUUUUGCAUUUCGAAUAAGUUUCUAGUAUUAAUACAAUAUUGCUACUAUAUAGCCACCGUCCUGUCACAUAAACAGGAUACAACGGGACAGUAUGAAAUUAUUUUACAUUGUAUGUCGUUUUCAACUGUAGAGGCACUCUCGAUAGUGUAUCUUACUAGAGCUGCAGGACUCGUAGUUACGGAGAGUAAGAGAACUGGAGAGAUCGUUAGUCAAUUAAUAGUAGAUUGUCCAAAUAAACUGGUUUUAAAACAACUGAAUGGAUUUUUUAGUUACUUAUUGCAGGUGCAAGUCGAUUUCAGCGUGUUCAAUCUUUAUCAGAUUAAUGAGUCUCUGUUAACGUCGAUCACAAGCUACAUUACAACGUACAUGGUUAUCCUAUUGCAAUUUAAAGAAACCAGCUGUCGUAGCGGCUCUACAGAGCACACAGAAAAUAUGUCUACUCCACCAUCUGUAGACUGA